ACGCAUUCUAAUAAUAACCCAAAACAAUCAAGCAGGCAUAUAGCUAGAAUACAAUAACAUCCUUUCCCCUUCUUCUGAAUACCAAUAAUUUCAAAAUCACAAUCACAAUGGCGGUCAUGGCUUCAACCGCAAACAUGCUCAUUGCAUUCCAACCCAACAAUAAUGCUAAUCUCCGCAAACUUCAACCACCGCCAUCCAUAUCAUCAUCUUUAACCACCGCAAGAAAAUCCAUUAAUUCUACCACAUUAUGUAAGGCCACCACCUCCACUACUAGUACCAAUAAUUCAUCUCUAUCUUCCACCAUCACAGAACUCCAAGAAACACCUUCUCCCCCAAAACAACCACAACCAGACAUAUCCUCCGUGUGGCGCAAGCUCCACGGCGAAGACAACUGGGUCGGGCUUCUGGACCCAAUGGAUCCUCGCCUUCGGGCAGAGCUCAUCCGCUACGGCGAGAUGGCACAGGCUUGCUACGACUCCUUCGACUAUGACCCAUACUCUAAGUAUUGUGGAAGCUGCAGGUACCCUCGAGAAGAAUUCUUCGAGUUGCUGGAUAUGAGGCACUUGGGUUACUCGGUGAGUCGUUAUAUUUACGCGACGGCCAACAUCAACCUGCCCAAAUUCUUCAGGAGAUCGCGGUGGCCACACAAAUUGUGGAGCCAGCACGCAAACUGGGCAGGCUAUGUGGCGGUUUCCGACGACGAGACGAGCAAGAAGCUGGGGAGGAGGGAUAUAACCAUUGCGUGGAGGGGGACGGUGACGCACGUGGAAUGGGUGGCGGAUCUGAUGAACUACCUGAGGCCGAUAUCGCCGGAGGUGGCGUGCGACGACCCUGAGGUGAAGGUGGAGGCGGGGUUCUUAGAUCUCUACACUGACAGAGAACCCAGCUGUGGAUACUGCAAGUACUCUGCCCGACAGCAGGUACUGGCGGAGGUGAAACGGCUGAUAGAGAAGUACGAAGAUGAAGAAGUGAGUGUUACGAUAACAGGUCACAGCUUGGGUAGUGCCAUGGCUAUAUUAAGCGCCUUUGACAUUGCGGAAACGGGGUUGAACGUGAAGAAGGAGAACAAGAGCGUACACGUGUCGGUUAUAACGUUCUCGGGGCCAAGAGUGGGAAACCUGAGGUUUAAGGAGAGAUUGGAAUCCAAACACGGCGUCAAAGUGCUUAGGGUUCACAACACUCACGACAUGGUUCCAAAGUCUCCGGGAUUUCUCAUCAAUGAGACCUCGCCAGAGUGGCUUUUCAAGCUGGCACAGGGCCUGCCUUGGAGUUACACACACGUUGGGGUGGACCUGGAGUUGGACCACAAGAACUCGCCAUACUUGAACCCCAAUGGCGAUAGUGCUUGUGCCCAUAACUUGGAGGCCCAUUUGCAUUUGCUUGACGGGUACCAUGGGAGGAAGCGUGAAUUUGAGUCGAGCAGUGGGAGGGACGUGGCGUUGGUGAACAAGGACUGUGAUUUCCUGAGAGAUGAAGAGAGCGUGCCACCAGCUUGGAGGCAAGACUUGAAUAGAGGCCUUGUUCGGGGCCCACAUGGACGAUGGAUGCAGCCUGACCGCCCUACACUUGUUCAUGAUCAUCCUCAAGACACUGAUCUUCAUCUCAACCAACUAGGCCUCCUCUAGAUACCUACUUAUGAAAAAGUAUUUAUUCAAAUACAAUUAAAUAUAAAAGACAUGCGUCAUAUAUCCACAUAUAAAUCAAUAGAGCCACUAAGAUAGAGAA